AUGUCCAACAACCUAGCCUCCAGCAACCUUUUCAAGCCUGUCAAAGUUGGUCCUGUCGAGUUGAAAAACCGCCUUGUAUAUGCACCAACAACGAGAUUCAGAAACACAGAGGACUUUGUUGCCACGGACUCGAUGCUCGAGUACUACACCGAGCGGGCCACGGACAACGGCGGCUUGCUCAUCGUCGAGGCAACCUUCCCUGCUCCGGAAUUCGGUCUCUACGAGCGUGCUCCGAUGAUCAAGACCGCGCAGCAGGUGAAGGCGUUCAAGAAGAUCGUCGACUCUGUACACUCGAAAGGCUCUGCAAUGGCCGUCCAGCUCUGGAACUUGGGCAGAACGGCCGACCCUAAGGUGUUGAAGAAGCACAACCUUCCUUUCAUUGCUCCGUCCGCGGUCUAUUUCGACGAGGCCUCCGAGAAGGCUGCUAAGGAGGCCGACAACGAGCUCCGUGCUAUGACCAUUCCUGAAAUCAAGGACAUGGUUGCUGAGUACGCUGCAUGUGCCAAGAGAAGCAUCGACGAAGCCGGCUUUGACAUCAUCGAGAUCCACGGUGCCCACAUGUACUUGCUCGACCAGUUCUUGCAGGCCUCUUCAAACAAGCGGACCGACGAGUAUGGCGGCUCUAUUGAAAACAGAGCCAGGUUCAUGUUGGAAGUCGUCGACGCGUGCAUCGGGGCCGUGGGCGCCGAGCGGGUUGCCAUCAGACUGUCUCCAUACGCACAGUUCCAGGGUGCUUUAGGUAACGAUUCCGAGAUCAACCCGAUUGUCACAUGGGGUUACGUAUUGAGUGAGCUCGAGAGAAGAGCCAAGCAGGGCAACAGACUCGCCUACAUUUCAGUGGUUGAGCCAAGGGUUUCCGGGAUUCUCGACAACCCAGACGCCAAAAGUAUCAACUUUAAGUGGCCAGACCUCAUCUGGAAGGGCAUCAUUAUCAGAGCCGGGGGAUUUCUGGACAAAGCUGUCAUCUCCAAGUUACCAGAGGUUGUCAAUGCAAACGACCACACCCUCAUUGCUGUGGGUCGGUACUUCACCUCCAACCCAGACCUGGUCAAGCGGUUGAAAAACAACCUCGAGCUCACUCCGUAUGACAGAACCACCUUCUACAAGGUCGGAAACAGCGGAUAUUUGGACUACAAGGGCUACGGAGAGCCUAUGGACCACUCCAAGGACCAGGUGAUGCCGAAGGCUCUGGCAUGA